UUGCCUGUUAGAUUAUACGAGUACAUUAAGAAGAGUGUCCAACCAAGGAAUCUAGAAGAUGGUCAGGAUGUUUACAAUUAUGAUGGAGUAAACUUUGUCGGACAUACUUUAGCUAAUUCAACGUUCCUCCUUCAAAUAAGCCCUAGAGCAUUUGCUAUUAGUGGUAACAAGGGCGUUGCCAUAUCGAAUCCAAUUUCAAGUGUAAUCGUAAGACCGGGAGAAGUAGGUUCUAUAGUGCACAAGCCUCAAGCUGUAGCGAUAGUUGGACCAGGGGGGAUAGCUCACGCAGAAUCAGAGUUAAACGUUUAUGAUGAUGCCACACAAUACAUACCAUUCUACGGUGGUGCGAAAGGUCAAUAUUUAGAAGUUAAAAAGGACACCAGAGGCACUGUAUUGAGCGAGAAAGUUGUCGCUGAGAAAAGCAUAAGUCCUGAACAUAUCAACAAGAACAAUAAUGACAAUGUUUUAUCUAAAAUACUAGCAGUCAACUUAGAAAAUCUCAGAACUUUAUCAAGCAGUCUCAUAAAAUUGCAAAACUUAGGAAGAAAAACUGGUGCCUUAGGUACACAAGAGAAAGCAAAAUUUAAAAGUGAUUUACUUAACUUGGGAGAAGCAGCCUCUAACACGAUUAAGUUAAUAGAUGAGGUCGCUGAUGAUAUUGAUGUUCUUUUCAAAAAAAAUACAACCAUUUUAAGGAACAAACAGGAAGACGACUAUUACGAUGAUGUUGGUGAGGAAGGGAUAGGAAUUGACAGCGCGGCUGAAUCAGAAGGAAGUAACAUAGAUAAAAGUCUAGUAGCUGAAGCAAAACCAGUUGGUUUAGCGGUGAUAGCAGAGAGUGGUAUAGCAGCAUCUCGUCCCAUGGGAACAGCUGUAGCAACCAGUGGUGUAGCGAUUGCAAGACCAAUAGGGACAGCCAUAGCUGGCAUUGAUCCGAGCUUACUAGGAAUAGAUUUUAAUGCCCAUCAUAGCAGAAAACUCAGAAUCAAAGGAAGAACCUACUGA